GCAACUUUUGGUCUCCGUUUUCUGGCAACAUGUGGGCGCGAGCUGUGCUGUGCGCGGCGCUGCUGUCUGCGCUGUGCCCGGCGGGGAGGACGGAAGCCGAGAGGGACGAGAGGGAGGUGCAGGACUACCGCUACAACCCCAACAGACUGCUCGGCGCUCUGCAUGAAGUGCUGGAGAAGCUGCAAACCAAGAGAAUUAAUCCCUGGGAGAAGAAAUAUGGACAGGUCCCCUCGUGCGACCUCGGGGAACAUUGUGCUGUCAGGAAAGGAUCUCGUAUCGGGAAGAUGUGCGACUGUCCCCGAGGAGCUUUCUGCAACUUCUUCCUGCUGAAGUGCUUAUGAGCCAAUCAGAUUAAAAGAGCAGCAAGAGUAUAUUUUAACAUGUAUUAUAUUUUCCAAAUACAUAAAAACCUAAAAUCAUGUAAAGUAGCCUUUAGAAUGGAAUAAAUGUCUAAUGAAUAUUCAUGUGGAUCUUUAUUGUCGAGUCGUGUUGAUGCAUUAAAAGGUGUUUUAUCUUUGUGAUGGACUUUU